GAGAAGCAUUUGCGGCAGGUGUACUUCAACGCCCUGCCUCUGAAAACCGUCACACUUUUCCCUCUCAGGGACUGUUUAGCACAAGUAGGAUUUAGCUUCUGGGAGUUUUGAGGCAAUGGGGAACGAAAGCUCGAGGCUGAGGGGGCAGCGGGAGGACGCUUCGUUGAAGCCGUCGCGCUUUUCCCGGUUCCGCCGGCGCUUCAGGUCUAACGGUCACCGGCCGGUCUCCGAUCCGCUUCUCUUGACGAACCUCACCCCCGAGGAUUUCGUUGGAGUCGCCCGCAUCGAAAUCAUCAGCGCACAAAUGAAGUUUAGGGAUCGGUGGAUUGCUUGCUUGUCUAUUGGCGAGCGGACGUACCGGACGGAAGUUUCCGAUCAAACUGAUGAACCUGUGUGGAAAUCAGAAAAGAAAGUUAUUUUGGAGAGGGGUGGACCCCAUAUUGCACGGAUAUCUGUGUUUGAGACCAAUAAAUUGUCGAGGAACAAUCUUGUUGGCUACUGUGAGAUUAAUCUCUUGGAAGCUCUCAGCUUGGGAACCGAGAAAAACCUUACAGUACUCAGCUUGUUUGAUCCUUCAUCACCCAGUAGUGUAGUUGGCCAUUUGUCUAUUUCGUGCUAUAUGGAGGAUCCAAUUGAAAUUGAGAAAAGCUUUGCACGUCGUGUUUUAGCUUUGGUGGACUACAAUGAAGAUGGAAAGCUUACGUAUGAUGAGUUUAGCACCUUAGUCAAAGUAUUCGGCAAUCAAGUAGCGGCAUCCAAGAAAGAAGAGCUAUUCAAGUUGGCAGACAAUAAUGGAGAUGGUGUUGUGGAUAUGGAUGAAUUGGCAACUCUUCUGGCUGUUGAACAAGAGGAAGACUCACUAAUCAGCAAUUGCCCUGUAUGUGGCGAAGCUCUUGGAAAAUAUGAUAGAAUGAAUGAUAUCAUUCACUUGACUUUAUGCUUUGAUGAGGGAACUGGAAAUCAGAUCAUGACUGGGGGCUUUCUGACAGAUACGCAGGCUUCUUAUGGGUGGAUGUUUAAACUAAGUGAAUGGGCUCAUUACUCGUCCUAUGGUGUUGGUCUGAAAUCUGGAUCUAGUGCCUCACAUAUUUUGGUGUUUGAUCGAAGGACAAGAAGGCUAGUGGAAGAAAUUAUAGAUGAAAAGAUUAUUUUAUCAAUGAGAGCUAUAUAUCAAUCAAAAGUUGGACUGAAACUCAUAGACAAAGGGGCUAAAGAUCUUCUGCAGAAUUUAUCUGAAAAGCAAGGAAGGCGGAUGAAUUCAGCUGAAUCUGCAAAGGAAAUACCCAAGUUUAUUGAAUUUUUCAAGGAUCAAAUUAAUAUUGAUGAGAUCAAGAAUCACAUCGACUCUUUCAAGACAUUUAAUGAAUUCUUUAUAAGAGAGCUAAAGCCUGGAGCAAGACCGAUUGCUUAUGAGGAAAAUGAUGACAUUGCCGUUUGUGCAGCUGACUGCCGUCUCAUGGCAUUUAAAUCAGUAGUAGACAGCUUAAGACUCUGGAUUAAGGGUCGCAAAUUUUCAGUUCAAGGACUCUUAGGCGCUGAAUUAAGCUCUGAUAACUUUAUUGAAGGUUCAUUGGUGAUAUUUAGACUUGCUCCACAGGAUUACCAUCGUUUCCAUGUUCCAGUUUCUGGAGUUAUUGAGUCUUUGGUGGAAAUUCCAGGAUCUUUGUAUACGGUGAAUCCUAUUGCAGUGAACAGUAAAUACUGCAACGUGUUCACUGAAAAUAAACGAGUUGUUUCUGUCAUUUCGACAUCUAAAUUUGGAAAGGUAGCAUUUAUUGCGAUUGGAGCUACAAUGGUAGGAAGCAUCACUUUCCUAAAGAGAAAGGAUGAUUAUGUCCGCAAAGGAGAUGAGUUUGGAUACUUCUCAUUUGGAGGAAGCACUGUAAUAUGCAUGUUUGAAAAGGAUUCCAUAGAGUUAGAUAAGGAUCUUAUUGCAAAUAGUGAAAGAUCUCUGGAGACUUUAGUCUAUGUUGGCAUGACACUGGGAGUAGCCAAAAGCAAGCAAUCGUCAUAAGAAAUACCAAAUCCACGCGGUAUUUAGCUUGAAGGGCGACUUACUGAAUUUUUUGUCCUGUAUACUGUAUAGAUGGAAUCUCCUAUAAGCUGCUUCUUCUUCUCUUAAAACUCAUUUCAGUAAAAUUACGUUGCUUCCAUGUUGUAAUCAAGAUGUUCCAUCUGUACCCCCGCAUAGCUGAUUAUGCAACAACUCUUUAGUUUCAUACAAUUUUUUUUUUUAAUUUUUAUUCAGAUUAUUAAACAGAAAAUUGUCAGUACAAUAGUGUUUUGUGUUGAAGAAAAUUAUUUUUGAAUUUGAAUUUGUCAAAAUUUGAACAUCAUUAUUAG